UCAGCUGCUUAGCAAGGGGAGCGGAGUGGAAAGUGCGGUUUUUAGCUGGAUAUCGUGUCUUGAAAAGAUGAAGAUUUUAAAUAAGGCUGUAUUACAACAAGCAGAAAAGGUUCUGCAGUCACACUUACCAGAAAGCUUCAUGGUUUAUGGAUAUCUGUUUGGUAUGAAUAGAAAUAGACCACAUACACUAGAGUUUGUUGUGGACUGCUGGCCUAAUUUUAAAACCAUCAUUUGUCGACCGCACCCAAAGAUUGAAAAUUCCCUGCUUUAUACUAAGGAAUUGACUUUCUUCAGUACUGAUGAGAAGGAUCUUAAGAGAAUGUUGAUGGAAGACAAUGUCUUAGACUGGAAUAAAUACUUCAAAAUUGGGGGGAUUGACAUCCGUCAUGGAACCAUGUUGAAGGCUAUCUCCGCUGCAAAAGGAGUCACAUUGAGACAGGGUCCGAUUGCUCAUAUCUUGGAAUUACAAGACCCAAGUCUCCUUCGUCAACUGAAACUGAGCAGAGAUGUGGAGGCCAGGAUCUCCUCCCUGAAUGAAUCCCAUGUCGGUUUGGUGAAUAAAACCUGGAAAUUCGGAGGUGAUGAAAAAGGUUUCCAACUAAUCAAACAUCUGAUAAGCCACUUCCCCACAUGUUGCAUCACUGAUGAAGAAGGACGUCCAGUUUCCUGGCUGCUGCUGUAUGAUUACUGUGCCACUGGGCUGAUGUACACCGUGCCAGAGUACAGGGGGAGGGGCUAUGCCAAGGUCCUGACAUACACCAUGGCAGCAAGGCUCCAUGCCCAGGGUUUCCCUAUGUACUGCAGCAUUGAGGAGGGGAACCAGGUCUCCUACAGGCUCGCUAAGAAAAUGGGCUUGACUGAAGUCCCCUCCUUCAGGGCCACCUACUAUGAGUUCAACUACUAAACCAGUAUUUCUUCUUAGGAACAUUACAACUGAACUCACCACCAAGGUGACUUUACUAAUAUACAAUCAGUGAGCACUUUAUUAGGUAGACCUGUACACCAGCUUGUUAGUGCAAAUAAGAGCAUACAGACAUGGUCAAGAGGUUCAGCUGUUUCAGACUGUCAUUGGUUCAGACCAAAUGACAGAAUGGGGAAGAAAUUAUCUCAGUGACUUUGACAGUGGAAUGAUUUUUGGUGCCAGACAGAGUUUGGGCAGCUGUUCCAACAUCCAGUGAGCAGCUGUUCUGCGGACAAAAACACCUUGUUAAUGAGAUGUCAGAGGAGAAGGGCUGGUCAAAACUGACAAGAAGGUGACAGAAAUGCAAAUGACCACAAAUUACAACUGCAUGGCAUGCAACUCUGGUUCAGAGCAUCUUUGAACACACAAUGCUUCAAACUAACAUCUAGGUGGAUUGGUGACAGCAAUAGAAGACCAAUAAGUCUAAUAAAUACCUCAAAGUGCUCACUGAGUGUACCUCUUUUAUGUAGUUGUUUGCAAUAUAGCACUGUCUGUGAUUUAUUAGUGCUUGACUCGCGGUUACUCAGCCUGUCCUUCAAAGUUACUCAGCCUGUCCUUCAACAAUUUGAAGGUUACUUCAAAUUGUUGAAUUCUAAAUAAGUUAGAGUUUAGGAUCUGAAAUUCCCCAAUUCUUAGCUAAUGAGCACAAAAAUUACACUCAGCCUUAAGUAAAAUAAGUUUCAGUUUUUUUGGCAUUCAAACUAAAGUAAAAAUAAGUGUACAGUGUUCUUCACAAAGCUCAAUCAAUAAAGAACCACGUUCUUUCUU